CUGAGGUAGCUGUUUAGGGUUGCAAGUCAACCAGAGAGUGAACAAGAUAGCAGACAAAAAGAACAAGAGAAAGAGGAGCAGAAUUGGGAAUAGAGGGAUGGAUGUACAGAACAGAGGGAAAACUGUGAGCAUUCCUCUAGCAGAGGCUGAGAAAUAUUACCUGUUCUUCCGUCGUUGCCAAUGGCUCCACAAUGAGAUCAUGCAGAAGGAGUCCAGUUCUCUAUUUGCUGCUGACAUCCUCACUGAGCUCAAGAAACAGUUUGCAUUCCUAUCAGGGGGAAGAGGACAGGAUGGAAGCCCUAUCAUUAUCUUCCCAGAAUUUCCUUCAUUUUGUGAAAUUGAAGAUCAAGAUUUUCGUAAUGUUCUCACCUACCUGACAAGUGUUCCCAGUCUGAGCGCAGCAGGUGUGGGCUUUAUCGUAGUGAUUGACAGACGCCAGGAUCGAUGGACUUGUUUAAAGGGAACAUUACUGCGUAUCUCAGGCUGGUUUCCUGGUAAUCUUCGGUUUGUUCUGGUGCUGAGACCCAGUGCCAUCCUGCAGCGAACCCUGUCUGAUGUGUUUUUCAAACUCCACAGAGAUGACUUUAAAGUACCGGUUAUCAUGCUAAGCUCAGUGACUGAUCUGCACUCUUAUAUUGAGCGGAGUCAACUGACACAAGAACUGGAUGGCUCUCAGUACUACUGCCACAUGACCUGGAUCUCUCUUCGCACCGAUCUCGAAAACUUUGCUGCGUCAGUGAAGAGGAUGGCUCAGAGACUACAGGUGUUUGGCAGGGAACUGGCAGAAACUGAACUUCCUAACAACCUUCUAACAACCAGAAAUCUGCUGAAUGCACACGCCAGCAAGAAAGACAGUUUGAAAUUGGAAAAAACUGUAAUUGACAUCAGUUUCUUCCACACACAGUGGAGUGAUCAGGUCGGCACGGCAGAGGUAGUCACAGAUGAUGAAGCAGGAGAUGUGUAA